UUUGUUUGCAGAAGGACUCGUUCUCCGCUGAAGACCUCAAAGACAAAAGAGGGAUAUUUUCAUCAUUAUUAAGUGAAUAUAAACAUACAUCUUUUACCUCAGCCUCAGGAGUAUGGUGGUGCGUGGUGUGUCUCAGGAUUUGAAGGACGAUCAAAAUGCUGAAAUGUAAAGUUCACAGCUAUCUAUGCCGCCUGUGGUUCACGGCGCUGCUGCUGCUGCUCCGGGAUCUGAGCCGUGCGGCUCCCACAGAGGGCCAGUCCAUCCCAUGUAGCAUCUCCGUGUCUGAACCAGUAUCCGGCCUGGACUCCAUAUCACUGACAGUCAACACAACCGGACAGAACUGCUCCUUCACCGUAACGUCUCCAGACGCCGGAGGAGACAGCGGCGAGUGUAGAAGAAGAGACGAGGAGAUACAGACUAAUGAGAUCAGAGGAGCGAAGGAGGUGAAAGAGGUGGAGAUGGGAGCUAACUAUCUGGAAACCAACCAGCUAGGAGUCGAGGAUGGAGGGAACAAGGAGGUAGGAGAUGUUUUCACCUGCGUGCUGGAUCACCUGGAGCCUGGAACCGCCUACCAGCUGCUGGUUCAGUCCCGGAGAGACGAGGAGACGGCGAACCUCACCCUGCACACCAGGCCGUCAGCGGUGAGCGGCCUGGCGGUGACCUCCAGGACCUCCAGCAGCCUGGGCCUUUCCUGGCAGGCCGGCCCAGGCAGGACGCAGCGCUUCAGGCUGCAACUGUGGGAUCACACGGGUCUGCUGAGGAACGAGACCUUGGAGAGCACGGCGACACAACACAAACUCCUCGACCUGACGCCGGGGCGACUGUACAACGUUACCAUGGUGACGGAGCUGGCGGCUGCAGAACGCCAGAUGAUGAGGCUCAGACAG